AUGUCUUCAGGCAAACCUCUACUGCCGUAUCACCCUACCAUCCAAGAGUUCCUUCACCUUGAUCCUAACCAAGAAGGUUGGUUAAUGCUUUACCUGGUAUAUCAGUAUAUUCUUCCACAGAGGGACUUGAGCCAGAUGCCCCCACAUUACUCUCACAAUGUGUUAGGACUGAUCCUCCAAAGGGGGGUGUCCAGGAGACAUUCUAAAGGAAUUGUUGAAACCAUCCUGGUCCCUUUACUUCAAGCUGAUGGUAUUCCAUAUCUGACUGACACUUGGCUUGCAUCUCGCCCGCCGAACCCCGAAUUUCCACCGCAUCCGAAAAGGCUCCUAUCCGGAACAGCGUCGAUUUUCACUGUCCACCAAUUCCUACCGGAUCAGUUUGUGGGCCGGAUUUUAUGGUGGAUCACGGAUGCAAUCCAGGGAUAAUGAGUUGUCUCUAUAAAGACAGAAACAUGACCAUAUAAGCAGUAGAUUGUGUCCUUCCAGAGGAGGAAAUCUACUUCUAGACUUCUAGAAUCAGCAUCUCCUCAUCCAUGGUGUCAUCGGGGUGAAAUGACGUCUAAAACCCUUUCACUUGUUCGUCUCCGCCCGUUUGCAUGGUGUGAAAUCCUCCCGAAACAUGGAGUGUUUUAUUUUGAAAAGAAGCCGGAUGUUUUUAUUUUGUGUCUGUGCCCGACUUCCUUUCCAGCACGGGUUAAUCUGUGCUGAAUUUAUCCAGCAAGCUCUGGCAUCUGGAAAAAAUAGAACUUGCGCGAUCUGCAGUGGAACGGAAAGAAGCCAUUAAAAAUUGACCCAUGAACUUGAAUGGUUGCGAUCAGCUUACGGCUGAUAAGGCCUGGAAAUUGGGGGUAGCCCUGUGUCUGAGUGUAAUGGGACCCCAAGACCCUAACCCCAAGACCACCAGGUAGGUGGCACUCUGUAUCUGACUAAUACCUGACUUGCGCCUUGCCUGACCCUAUCUUACUUUAUGUUCAAUAAUGUUGGUGCUUCGUAAUGCUCAGAAGAGUCUAUAAUUUGAUUUGUUUGAUUUGUUUUUAGUUUGAAUACAACCAAUUUAUCAGGGUAUGAAGAACCAACAAAACCACUGAUGAUAGAUAUUUUGUUUUAUUGAACAUACAAGUUGUCAGAAAAUUUGCCUUGUCAUAGUUAUUGAGUUAUUAUAAAUUUGUUUUACAGCAUGCAAAACAGCCACCCUUGCCUCCUGUCAGUCUGAUACAUGAACACCAAUAACCAUCCCCCUACUGCUCACAAGUGUAUCAUCAUACUUUUGACCUGCAGUCAGUGAGUUUAGAAGCAAGAAGGUGGAAUCACCAACAAAGACUACUGAUAAGGUAGGUGUUAGCACGUUAAUAAGAUUAAUCCAAUCAAUCCUGAAUUUUCUUUCUUUUCUUUCCUCCUCCCAGACGUACCAAAGAAAAUUCUGGUAUAUUCACUGUACCCGCUUGGAAGUAAAUUUGAACACAGUUCCUUCUCUCCAUGUCUUCAUCAGGUGUCCACCAUCAAAUACAAGACAUGUCAGCCAACUCCUCAUCUGCCUAUAACUUCUCUCUCGGUUCAGACCUCAGUAACUGCUCUUCCUCCACACUCUUUAGUAAACCUCUCACUAUUUCCAUCAACAUUGCCAGAGCCAUCCUCAUCCUUCCCCUCGCGGUCAUCAUCCUCCAUCUGGCUUGCCAAAGAUGGAAGAAGAGGGGUUCCUUGACGGAUGCGAGCAAUUGUGACAUCUUUACCUACCACCUGGCUGUCAUGGAGCUGUUGGGUAUUUUAGGGACAGUGUUCUCCCUUUGCAGCUCGGUUACGGGAUUCAAACAGAUGGAGAGAGCGGGGCUAGCUUUUUUUGCCAUUCCGUACUCCGGAGUGACCUUCUUCCAUGUCCUGACCUGUAUGGAACGUUACAUGGCUGUCGUUCACCCCCACACUUACAUGGGGUUCAAGAAAGUCCAUAGGUUUAAGUUUAGAAACAUCAUCAUUGGGUGUGUUUGGCUGCUGAGCUUAGCGUGGAUGUUGUCAGUAAUGCUUAGCUACCCUCUCCUACCAGCAACUCCAUUUUUGUGUAUCGUGAUCAUCUCUUUUGUCAUCAUUUCUUUCUGCAGCCUGUCCGUUCUCUGCGCUCUGAUUCGUCCGGGGCCUGGGGAAGCGGGACAGUUCAAAGAGCGGGUCGACCAAUCAAAGCAAAAGGCAUUUCAAACAGUGACAGUCAUUUUGGUGGUGCUGUGGUUGUGGUUCAUGUGCCUCCUCGUUGUCUUUGUUUUAAACUCCUCACAGUUGCUUCGCCCCACAGUUGCGUGUUUUGUUAAAACAUAUUCCACUUGGUCUAGCUUGCCUAGCAGUUUGGUGUUACCUCUGCUGUAUCUGCAGAGGACAGGGAAACUGAGAGUUUGCUGUUACACCCAAGGUUAAGAUGAGUAUGGGAAAGAUAUGAGAGGGUACAAAAGCAUAGGAGAUAACCAUUUUGUUAGAUACUGAACUGAAAAACAAUGGUCUUAAUUGUUAUCAUUUCACUUUAGAAUACUCUUAGAUAGAUGUUUCCUGUAAAUUAGCUAUAAAUAUGAAUUUGCAUAUCCUAGACAUUAAAACAUCACAGACUAAGAAUCUCAUGAUGGACAUUAUCUUCAGAUGAUUGAGUAGUUGCAAGGCCAAUCAUGGUGAUAUUAAAACUAUGUCAUAUUCAGGCUCUGGUGAUGGUGUGUUUAGCUUUCUUUCAAGUGCCUCCCCAGGACCCGUACUCUGAGACCCUCCUGUUAGCUUUAAGAGCUGAAUCUCAGUGGUCUUCAUCUUUGAAUCAACUUGGACAACUUCUAACAAGGAUAAUCCAUCACUUCAGUCACUGGAAUUACUGUGUCACAGGUGCAGACAGGUGACUGUGUUGACUGGAAAUUGGACAGAAAAUUUGCCUUCUGAGAUUUAUUGACUUUGAUCAUCACGAAAAUGUUAAUCAACAUGCAAAUCAGCUCCUGCUGCCAUCGACUGUUUUGACAUCUUUGUAUAAACAUCCUAUUCCACACCCUUAUGCAAUCGGGAGUUUGAUAUGAUAUCUGGAACAGAAACAGGUGAUCAGCUGUCAGUCAGUUCGGAGAUUUGAGAGGACGGUCACCUGAAGAGUCUGCAGACCAGGUGGGCACUUAAAUUCAUGACUUCAUGAUUCUGUUUGGUGUUCUGGUUUCUGACUGUAGUUUAGUUUGAGUUAUCAUAUUCUGUAGUGUAUGUAUUAGAAGAACAGAUUUGAUUUAAAGUGUCCUUUGUUUUCGUCAGGUGUCCAUCUUCAAGGAUAAAAAAUGUGGACCAACUCCUCAUCCAUCCACAACUCCUCUCUUAAUUCGUCAGGCAACGAUUGCACAAUUGAUUUAGCUUUUCAGAGUUAUAAUGAAGCCUUCAGCCUUCUCAAAGUGGCCCUCAUCACCCCUCUUACCUUCAUCAUCCUCUAUAUGGCUUACCAAAGGUGGAAGCAGCAGGGUUCCUGGACAGCUGAGAGCCACUGUGACGUCUUCACCUACCACCUGGCUGUCAUGGAGUUGUUCACCAUUUUAGGGACAGCUGCAACACUUCUGGGCUAUUUUAGCAGGUUCAAAAUCAUGGUGCUAGUUGGCAUGAACUUUGAUGCUGUCCCUUACAGCGGAGAAACCCUUUUUCACGACCUGACCUGUGUGGAGCGUUACCUGGCUGUUGUUCAUCCUCUUACCUACAGGGGGCUGAAGACUGCUCGUGGGGUCAGGAUAAGGAAUGUCAUGAUUGGAUGUGUUUGGUUGCUCUCUUUCGGGUGGAUGGUAAAUGUGGGUGUACUAAAAGAUCGCACAACCCUUAUCUUAAUUUUGUGCAUGAUGGUCAGCUCUUUGGUCGUCAUUUCUUUCUGCAGCUUGUCCGUUCUCUGCGCUCUGAUUCGCUCCAAGCCUGGGGAUGA